AUGAUCAAAGAGCUCGGUCUCCCGCUCGAGGCUAGCAAACUUGCCACCGCUGAGAAGAGAUUGAAGGCCCAGUUGCGACGUUUCAGCACGGCGCCCGAAGUUCUGGAGCAGUAUGACUCCACCAUGCGCGAGUACUUUACCGAAGGGCACGCCGAACCGGUGACUGGGCCACACCUCACCAACAAUCUGUACUACUUACCUCAUCAUGCGGUCAUCCGCAACGAAGCCGUCACUACCAAGGUCCGAAUAGUGUUCGACGCGUCGUCUCACGUCCCCGGCCAACCCUCACUCAACGACGUCUUCGCGAAGGGUCCGAACCUAAACAGCGACCUCCUGCGUUUGCUCAUCACGUUUCGGUCCUCUCCCAUCAUCCUCACCGCAGAUAUCCGCAAGGCGUAUCUGCAGAUCCACAUCCGGCCGCAAGACAGGGACGCCCUACGUUUCCUGUGGAUCCAGGAGUUGCCGUCGGCAUCCAACCCUUACCCAGCAGUCAAGCAGUGGAGGAUGACAAGAGUGCCGUUCGGAGCCUCGUCCAGUCCAUUUGUACUCGCAGCAACGUUACACCACCAUUUCCCUUCUACGUAUCUGGUGGUUGGAUGCGACAACACGCAAGAGGCCGAGACCUUAUACGCGGAAACGAGGGCCAUCUCGCAAGAGGCCGGAAUGGACAUCCGGAAGUGGGCGGCGAACUCAAUGACGCUUCAGCGGAAGUUCCUCGAGGACGGAACGGCAUAUGACAACGUUGGUUGCACGGACACCGUGCUUCGUGUUCUGGGAGUGCCAUGGGAUCGUCACGCGGAUGCAAUCUUGGCGCCAGUCACCGCGGUUCACGCGUUCGCCAAGCUUAACGAGCCCACGAACCGCACGGUGCUCACGACGUUUUCCAGAUUGUACGACCCAUUUGGGCUUCUAGCCCCGUUCACCGUCACCGCGAAACUGUUGUUACAAGCAAUGUGGAAGGACGCAGUGCCUUGGGACCGACCAAUGACUAACACAGCACAUCAAGUCUGGAAUAAGUGGGUGAACGGCCUGCCUACUCCUUCGCUGUUGAACGUGCCCAGAUGUACUGCCGGUACGAACGGCAGCGUCCAAGAUCUCCAGAUCUUUGCCGACGCUAGCCCGCGAGCCUACGGAGCGGCCAUUUACAUGAGAGUAGACAGGGGCACGGAAGGCAUCAGCUGCAAUCUGCUUCUCGCCAAGGGUCGAAUCGCGCCGCUGAAACCGGUAACACUACCGCGCUUAGAGCUCCUCGGCUGCCUUCUCGCUGCUCGUCUCUACAGCCGCAUCCGCGGAGUCAGGCCCAACGUGGCAUGGAAGGCAACCUUCUGGACGGACUCUCAGAUUGCGCUGCAGUGGAUCAAGAACACGGCUUCACGGUGCCCGCAGUUUGUAGAAAGCCGCGUGCGGGAGAUACGGCACCUCACCGAUCCUGGUCAGUGGCGUCAUUGUGACGGGAAAAAUAACCCAGCCGACCUGCUCACGAGAGGAAUCUCCGCGGACGAGCUCGUCAGCAGCGAGCUGUGGUGGGUUGGACCCCCAUGGUUGUCUGGUAGUGUCGACCCGCCUCUCGAACCAAUAUCGAACCGCACCCCAUCGUCCUCUCGGACGGAAGAGACGUGCUGUCCAGUAGCGAUCCACCAUGGUGACCCCAUCAUCUGGUUAGAGGACUACAGCCUACUCAGCCGCGUGCUUAGAGUGACAGCAUACGUGCUCAGAUAUGUCAACAACUCGCGGAGACCUGGAUCAAGGCUAACCGGGCCCAUCUCUGCACAAGAACUGCAUUCGGCAGAGCUUCUAUGGGUCCGCCGCACUCAACUAGAAUGCUUUGGCACAGAUGUCGUUGACCUUCAGGCGGCGCGACCCAUCUCCCGUUCGUCUGCUCUUUUGACUCUGAACCCAUACUUGGACGCAAACUCGCUUCUUCGGGUGGGAGGAAGAUUGGAGUUCGCCGACGAAGAGGACAGCACCCGGCAUCCCGUACUUCUCCCGGCCAAGCACCGUCUCACAGAGUUGCUUGUCCUUGACGUCCACCGGCGUCUCCACCACACCGGAGUGCAAGACACCCUCUGCGAACUGCGGCUGAAAUACUGGAUUGUCAAGGGCCGGCAGACUGUUCGCCGCGUGCUCCAAACGUGCCUACAGUGUAGGCGUCGACGGCUGUCCUCACAGACUGCACCUGUUGCUCCUCUCCCGCGUGAAAGAGUUACUCCCACGAACCCAUUUGAUGUGGUGGGUGUGGACUUCGCGGGCCCUUUGUACGUGCACGAAGACGGUAAGCAGCGAAAGGCGUACAUAGUCCUUUUCACCUCCGGCGUCACACGUGCGGUGCACCUCGAGUUAGCGACCGGAAUGUCCACGCAACACUCCCUCAGUGCCUUCCGGCGUUUCACGUCCAGACGCGGCGUGCCAUGCCUCAUGAUGUCCAACAAUGCCCGCACCUUUCAUCAGGUGUCUCGUCUGCUCUCCUCCGAAGAUGUACUGAAUUUCGCCACUACCUACCGCAUCCAGUGGAAAUUCAUUGUGCAGAGAGCACCUUGGUGGGGCGGGUGGUGGGAAAGGAUGGUCCGCUCUGUCAAGGACGCCCUGAAACGGUGUCUGGGAAGGCAGCGCCUUACCUUCGAAGAACUCACCACCGCCCUCUGCGAAGCUGAGUGCAUAGUGAACUGCCGGCCACUUACUUACGUCACAUCCGAGACCGAAGACCUGAACCCCUUGAUACCGGCGGACUUCCUCGUAGGAAAACACCUGACGCUCCUCCCAACGCCGGGCGAAGUCGCCCCGCCACCGAGUGCCAAGGGCCUCCGGCAGUAUCUGAAGGUCCAAAGGCGGCACCGCUCGCAGUUUUGGAGUAGAUGGCGAAGGGAGUAUCUCCUUCAGCUAAGCUCGGCGCACAUGACACGGCAUAAGCCGGAAUCACAGCUACAAGUCGGUGAUGUGGUGGUCAUCCAUGAUAAAGGGCCCCUCCUGAUGUGGAAACUCGGCCGCGUCACACAAGCCUUUCCCGGACGCGACGGCGUCGUUCGUGCCACACCGGAAGCCGUGGUAACGGUCCCACUUGGUAGUGUGCUAAGCCCUAUUCCCUUUAACCUCGUCGUGCUGGUUAUGGAAUCCUGUAUCACCCCCAGGAUCCAGAUCUCGAUAAACGCUGAUCAUGUUUGCACCUGGACCGUUGGAGUCAGGACCUGCAAUUCGGCGUCGAUCUGCAGCAUUCGCUGGACAGAAUUAUGCAGUCCUUCACCGAAGCCGGCAUGGAUAUAUCGGGGGACCAAUCUGCAGCUCUCGCCUUCACAAGGAAGCGCAUGUACCGCUAUCAGCUUUGUAGAGGAGAUGGUCUUCCUCUACAUGAGUGCUGACUGUCGGUGA